CUAUUGCUAUUCCUUUGAUCUCCCAAAUGCCAAACUAGGGUUUCCUUUUCAUGCAUUGAAACCUAGAAAUUUUAUGCUCCGAAUUUGGUAAUUGGGUCUCGUGCUAAGAUUUCUGCAUUAUCCAUGUCAUAUAUCUGAAUAAUUUAUGAGAGUUUGAGGAUUAGGAGCAGAUAAAUGGGAGAACUGAACAUCACGAGACAUCGACUUGGUCGAAUUUGUAUUGGGAUAUGCACUCUUGUCCUACUUUUCUUUUUCUACAAUCGGGAAGAUAUCCUUAGGAAUCCAUUCCUCAGGCAAGCCUCUUUAACUCUUCCACCUCGAUGGAACUCAAUAGGCGAUCAUAUAGAGCUGAUUCACAGGCGAGCAAUGGCAGUUGGUGGUAACUCGUCCGCUUAUAACAUUGGGGUUGCAGAUCAUGCACCGUGUAUUGGGUUAUCUGAUUACCAGGGCUCCAAGAACAAAUGUGAGUACCUCAAAGCAAAUCCAGAGUGCUCGUCUGGAGGAUUCUUGGAUUAUAUAAGGUUCUUCUACUGCAACUGUAAGAAUAUUAGGAUGUGGGGCUACGCAAUUUUAGGUUUAUGGCUUGCAGCUCUGUUCUUUCUGUUGGGUAACACUGCUGCUGACUACUUUUGUUGUUCUCUGGAGAAACUUUCAUAUCUGUUGAAGCUUCCACCAACAGUUGCUGGGGUUACUCUCCUUCCACUUGGAAAUGGAGCUCCUGAUGUGUUUGCUAGCAUUGCCGCUUUCAUGGGUUCAGAUGCUGGUGAUGUGGGUCUUAAUAGUGUGUUGGGUGGUGCUGUUUUCGUGACUUGUGUUGUUCUUGGGAUUGUUUCUCUCUUUGUUGCAGAUAAGAAAAUUCAGAUUGAUCGGAAAUGCUUUAUCAGGGAUCUCAGCUUCUUUCUAUUUACUCUGCUAGCUCUUUCUCUGAUCUUGUUUAUCGGUAAAGUGAGUGUUGUGGGUGCAAUUGCCUUUGUCUUGAUAUACAUGGUGUAUGCUUUCUCAGUUGCCGCAAAUGAGAUUUUGAGGAAACAUGCUCGGAGGUUAAGGUUGGAUGCUGUGACACCUUUGCUGCCAGUAAGAGGAAGUAUCUUCUCUCAUGGGACUGAAGAGGAUGAUUCUAUUUACAGCUCACUGCUUGAUAUAGAUACUCACACCAGCACACCACAUCUCCAUACUACAUUGCCACAGUGGAUGUGGGCUUCAAAUGUUGCAAUUUAUUCAGAUCAUUCACUGAAGUCUGGUUUGACAGAUAGCCCAAGGCCUUUAUGGGGUUGGAGUGAUGAGGACACCGAGAUUGACAGUCCAUUGGUUUCCUGUUCUAAAUUACUUGAGAUGAUGAAGAUGCCCUUGAUAAUCCCAAGACAAUUGACUAUUCCAAUAGUUGAAGAGGAACGGUGGUCUAAAGGAUAUGCUGUAGCCAGUGCGUUUUUGGCCCCCAUUCUCCUGGCCUUACUGUGGAACACCCGUGACAAUGUGAGUUCUCGAAGUGGAACUACUGUGUAUGUUAUUGGUGUUCUAUUCGGUGCUAUACUCAGUGUUCUUGCAUUUAUGUUCACGAGAUCUGAUCAGCCACCUCGCAAGUUCUUAUUUCCAUGGGUUUUUGGAGGUUUCAUGAUGAGUAUCAUCUGGUUCUACAUUAUUGCCAAUGAGCUUGUCGCUCUCUUGGUUGCAUUAGGUGUAAUUUUAGGAAUCAACCCCUCAAUCCUUGGAUUAACCGUACUAGCAUGGGGGAACUCAAUGGGUGAUUUAACGUCAAACAUUGCUCUGGCGAUGAAUGGUGGGGAUGGUGUACAGAUAGCUCUUUCAGGAUGCUAUGCAGGGCCCAUGUUCAACACGCUUGCUGGUUUGGGGAUCUCAAUGCUGCUCGGGGCCUGGUCAAAGAGGCCUGCUUCUUAUAUGGUGCCACAAGAUAGUAGCUUGUUUUAUACAAUUGGAUUUCUUGUGUUAGGUCUUAUUUGGGCUCUUAUUGUUCUACCACGAAAUGAUAUGCGUCCUAACAGGAUGUUAGGAGUAGGUCUUAUAACCCUCUAUUUGAUAUUUCUCUCUGUUAGAGUGAGCAAUGCUGUUGGUGUUGUCUCACUGGCUGGUCUAAGUUGACAUUUGGUUUGUUCAUACUUAGAAGAAAGUAGAGAAAAUGAUGAAUUGCAGACUGGUUGAAAUAGAAAAUUUAGUUGAUAGACCAUUGAUGCUGGUUCUUUUUAUCAAUAAAGUUCUGCAGGAGAAGUAUUAUUCAGCUGUUGGAUGC